GUGACACAACUGAGAGAAGUGCAACACACUUCGUCAGAAUCUAACAAUUCAACAAGAGAAUAGGACCGGCCACAGUGUCUCCGGCCCCGUACCCAAGCACAAGGGGGUGGUCUCCCCUCCCCCUUGGGACAAAACUAACUCCCAGACGCACCACCUCCCAACCCCCGCCGAGAGGGGCCUAAUGGGGGCGCGAGCCCCUCUCACCUUAGGCGGGGCUGUCAGGAACGGUCUGGGUGGAAGCAAGGCCUGGGGGAGGGAAGUCGGGCUGGGGCAACGCCAGGAGUACCAGAUGGGGGGUCAAAGGCGGACACCCGGGAACCGGGGGCCACAAGGGACCCUCUCAUCCGGGGCUCCCCGGGUCCCUCGCUGCUCUUGGACAGCAGGGUCCCAGGUACCAGUCCCCGCCGCACUUACCACUCCUCACCUCACGCUGUCCGAACCUCUGCCUCCACCACUACCCGAGCCGCCGCAGCAGCCACCGUCCGAGCCAUUUCCCUCCCAGCCUCCUCAGCCGCCGCCAAGAGUCUCCGCGGACUCCGCGGCCAGCCAAGCAGAGCACGUCACUUCCGACCAGGAAAGCACCGCCUUCCGCGCCCAGGCUUCUGGUGGAUUGGCUGGUACGGAUGGCCUACCUGAGGAGAAGCCAUCUGCCAUGUAAUAAAGCAGCCUUGUGAGAGGCCCAGGUGAGUCAGUGUAGAAGCAGAUCUUCUGGGGCCUGUCAACAGCCACAUGAGUUAGCCUGGAAGUAGAUAUUGCUCAGCCAAGCCCUGAGAAGACUACAGCCUCAUGACCCUGACCCAGAACCACCUAGCAGAGCUCCUUGCAGAUGCCUGGCUCACA